AUGUCAAAGAAACACGAUCCGGAGGCAAUCUCGAAUUUCCUUGCAGAACAACGAGAUGAAGCACCCACCGAACUUCAACAUGUCUUUCUCUCUUUCGAAGAUCUCUGGGAACGCAAGCUAUGGCAUCAACUGACAGACAAUCUUUUGGAAUACUUCUCGAAUCCAGAGAGUACUGCUCAGAGACUACCCAUCUACAACACAUUCAUCAUUAGUUUCGCCGACAAGAUCAACCAGCUCAAACUCGUCAAAUUGGGAUUGAGCGCCUCGGCGCAAAUCAAGGAUGACACCGAACGAAGCCAGUUCCUCAAGACUCUCGCCGAUCGAGUUGCUAGACCCGAUUCCGAAGAAGCGCACGUCUACACCAUCACCGAGCUGGCCAGUGUGUAUCUGAGGCUAGGAGAGGCAGCAAAGGCGAAGGAACAAUUAGAAAAGGCGCAACAGACUUUGGAUCAAUUUGAUUUCGUGGAGAAUGUGGUUCACGCUGCCUUCUACCGAGUCAAUGCCGACUAUUACCAAGCUGAGAGCGACUACACAUCCUACUACCGAAACUCGUUACUGUAUCUUGCAUGCAUAGACGAAUCAGAGCUAAAUGCCGAGCAACGACAGCACAGAGCAUACAAUCUGGCCAUUGCUGCAUUGGUGUCGGACCAAAUCUAUAACUUCGGGGAGUUGCUGCUGCAUCCCAUUCUGGACGUCCUCAAGCCUCCACACCCUCAGUCAUGGCUGCGCGACCUACUGUUUGCCUUCAACCGAGGCGAUCUCGCUGCAUUCGACCGGAUGUCCAAUAACCUCAGCAAAGAUCCCAUCCUCGAGUCGCAUCGAUUGUUCCUCUGGCAGAAGAUCAACUUGGCUGCGUUGACAGAGCUGGUAUUCAAGCGGCCUCCACAUGACCGUGCAAUGACUUUCAAGACCAUCAGUCAAGAGACGAAUGUCAAGCCCGAUGAGAUUGAGCACUUGAUUAUGAAGGCCCUCAGCUUGGGACUUCUGCGAGGAAAGAUUGACCAGGUAGCCCAGAUUGCGAGGAUCAACUGGGUACAGCCCAAAGUACUGGAACGAAGCCAAAUCGAGGGCAUGAGGCAGCGGCUGAAGGAGUGGGAUAAUAAUGUCAACGAUUUGGGCCACUGGAUAGAAGGCGUCGGCAAGGAUGUUUGGGCGGCAUAG